AUGGCCGAUCCGGCACCACCAGCGUCACCGCCGGCCGGUUACACGGUCACUAUGACCACGAGCAAUCCGACACAGACCCCGGAGAAGACGCCCACACAAUUUUCUACUUCCGUGGCGACCAGAUUCUCUCCUCUAUCAUCGUCUGGUGAAGCUGCAGGGACAGGGAGCCCUAUUCCGCCGUUCAGUACUCCCCCUGCCCCAUCUGGGAGGCCUAUCCCGCAUUUCGGUACUCCUCCGCCUGGUUCAGCUGGGAGCCCAAUUCCACACUUCAGUACUCCACCUGGGCCACCUGUCUUCUCCUCCCCCCUACGCCCGGCAGCAGUGCCAUUCCGGGCCUCGCCAGCCUCUCCUCAACCAGUGCCAUUCUCCUCUGGUUCAUCUCUGCCCACAUCAUCUCCUCCUUUUGCCAAUGGAUCAACCGAUGUGCUGACCCAGAUUUCAGCUGGAGUCGACGACUCCACCUUCGAAUCUCCAUAUGUGCUCUUCUCCGCUCACAAGGUAAUUCCUUGUCACGCUUGUCAUUGAAUUAUCCAUCCAGAUUAAACCAUUACUAUAAUAUUUUUGACAUCUACAAGUUCUGCUGGUUUCCCCCACUUUUACUGUUCAUGAUAGUAACGACCACCGGAACACUUUUUCGGAGAGUAACAUGACUAACACGAUAGUUCUUCGUAUAAAUUGUGAAAGGAAUGAGCCAUUUUAUGUUCUCCUUCAUUAGGUGUUGAAAAACAGAAAGCUGGCAAAUAUCUCGAGUCUGGGAUUCGGCGCUUUGGUCUCUCCCGGAAGAGAUAUCGCAUCAGGCCCGCAGAUUGUAGAGCGUGAGCCACACCGUUGUCAGAACUGUGGUGCGUAUGCAAAUUUAUAUUGCCAGGUUUUACUGGCUUCUGGGCAGUGGCAAUGCGCAAUCUGCAACAAAUUAAACAGCAGUGACGGGGAAUACAUCGCCCCCAGUUUAGAAGCGGUGCGCCAGUGGCCAGAACUCUCCUCAUCAGUGAUUGAUUAUAUCCGAACUGGGAAUAAACAUCCAGGAUUUGUUCCCGUUUCUGAUUCAAGAACGUCCGCACCCGUCUUUCUCGUCAUAGACGAAUGCCUAGAUGAAGGUCACCUCCAACAUUUGCAAGGGUCGCUACAUGCUUUUGUGGACUCCCUUCCUGCGACUACAAGAAUUGGUGUGAUUACGUAUGGUCGGACAGUGUCGGUCUAUGAUUUUUCUGAAGAGUCAGCUGCAUCAGCAGAUGUGCUUCCGGGUGACAGAUCACCCACACAAGAAUUCCUAAAAGCCUUGAUUUAUGGGACUGGAAUCUACCUAUCACCUGUUCAUAUUUCACGUCCAGUUGCGCAUACCAUUUUCUCAUCCCUCAGACCAUAUGGACUCAGGUUGCCCGAAGCAUCAAGGGAUCGAUGCCUCGGUACAGCAGUGGAGGUUGCACUGGCCAUCAUCCGGGGACCGUCUGCAGAAAUGUCUCGUGGGAUUGUUAAAAGACCAGGCGGCAACUGCAGAAUCUUGGUCUGUGCGGCUGGUCCCAACACUUAUGGUCCUGGUUCAGUUCCUCAUUCAUUUAAUCAUCCCAACUAUCCAUACAUGGAGAAAACGGCUAUUAAGUUCAUGGAGCAUCUUGGUCAUGAAGCUCAUCGACAUAAUACUGUGGUCGAUAUUCUAUGUGCCGGGACGUGCCCAAUACGGGUUCCUGUGCUUCAGCCACUUGCUAAAUGCUCUGGUGGUGUGCUGGUCCUUCAUGAUGACUUUGGGGAGGCGUUUGGUGUGAAUUUGCAAAGGGCAUCUUCUAGGGAAGCGGGCUCUCAUGGGUUGCUUGAGAUUCGCUGUUCUGAUGAUAUUCUUUUGACUCAAGUGAUUGGACCCGGAGAAGAAGCACCUUCAGAUGCUCAUGAAACAUUCAAGAAUGACUCAUCUACUUGUAUUCAGAUGCUUAGUGUGGAAGAAACCCAGAGCUUUGCGUUAUCUAUGGAAACGAAGGGUGACAUCAAGAGCAGUCAUGUUUUCUUCCAGUUUGCUGUUCGUUAUUCUACUAUAUUCCAAGCGGAGCUUUCUCGUGUGAUUACCAUCAGGUUGCCCACGGUGGACAGUCUAUCCGCAUACCUUGGGAGCAUUCAAGAGGAUGUAGUUUCAGUUCUCGUAGCCAAGAGGACCCUGUUGCACGCCAAAGAUGCAUCUGAUGCCGUCGACAUGAGGUUAACCGUAGACGAGAGGCUAAAGGAUAUCGCCAUGAAAUUUGGUUCCCAAAUGCCCAAAUCAAAACUGUAUCAGUUCCCAAAGGAACUCUCUUUGCUGCCUGAAAACUUAUUCCAUCUCAGAAGAGGACCACUCUUAGGAAGUAUCCUUGGUCACGAAGAUGAAAGAUCUAUCCUGAGGAACAUUUUCUUGAAUGCUUCCUUUGAUCUGUCCCUUCGGAUGUUGGCUCCUCGCUGCCUGAUGCACCGCGACGGGGGUAAUUUCGAGGAAUUGCCGGCAUAUGAUCUUGCAAUGCAGUCUGAUACUGCCAUCGUACUUGAUCAUGGGACAGAUGUCUUCAUUUGGCUGGUAAGCUGCCCAUACACCCUCUCUGUUGUGCGCCAUUCUUAAUGUUAGAGCGACUCUCUGCAUCCGCUUAUUUGUUAUUGCCUUUCUGUUCAGUAUUCCAUGUUUGCAACCCAUGAGGUAUCACAUCGCAUCUCACCCUCUUCUUGAUCGAAAUAUAGAUAAAUUAUUUUGAAGAUCUCACUCUCUAUACUUUGGUUGGCUGGUCAUCAACUAGUUCGUUCCAUUGAGAUGCUGAAACUUCUCAAAGAACUUACAUUUUUUAACACAAACCCUAGGAAAUCCGCAGUCAUUUACAUGUGGGACUGGCACGGAUUUUCUUCGUUGGAAUAUUCAUGAAUGACAGUUUUAAUUUUUCAGAAAAGUAAUGUCCUUUGUGAAAUUGGCACUUGUGUUAUUUCCCGUGGCUUCUGGUGGUGGCUUUAUGAAUCCCCAGUGGUGCAAUUACUCUGGCUUCUGGUGGAAAACCACUGCCUCAUGAACGCCUUCUAUUCAUCAGUCCCUCUGGUGUCCUUUUCUUGUCCCACAAAAACCUAAAUCUCCAGUUUAGCGGUGAGUACAGCGGGUUUGAAUGUUCAUACUGGGGGAGACCUGACUCAAUCACGGUCCAGGUGGGCUGCUUUUCCUUGUUUUAUUUCCUUUUUCUUAUUCCUCUCUCUCACCCUCUCUGAGAUUGUGAUGGAGAUGGGCAUGAGAAUCUAGUGUAUUUUAUAAGAUUUUAUAAAAUAUGCGUGCUUGAUAGUUACUUUGGAAGGUAUACUGAACAAUAAAGUACUAGCCUAGAAGGCCUUUCUCGUAAAAAAAAGACCUCAUGCUGUCAUCGGCCCAUCUUGACCAGGCCCCUUGUUUACUUGUUGUCUCUAUAGUUUCUGGGUUUUCUUGACUUUUCUAACUCGCCAUUCUCAUAUUUAUUGACGAAAUCCUGAAAUUUCCCUGAAUUUUCACAGGGUGCUGAGCUGGCAGCUCAAGAGGGGAGGAGCGCAGCGGCGCUAGCAGCAUGCAAGACAUUGGCGGAGGAAUUGACUGAGCAACGCUUCCCAGCGCCCCGAAUCCUCUCAUUCAAAGUUUGUGCCAUCCUACACCAUCAUCUACCAUGACUCUCUUCAUGCCUUUCAUCAUUAAUUUGUCUCGAAAAGAAGAAUAUGCUGAAUCACUUCAUGGAAAAAAAAAUUCUGACUGUUUAUCCAUAGAUCUUUUUUCUGCAUUUACAUCAGAUCUGGGAUUCCCAUUAUUUUCCCUCGUGGAGAAGCUGAUUCCGAUAUCAUUUACUAGGCAGGACUGCAAUAAUUGAAGAGAAUUAUUCAUCUCUUGCUCACAGCAUCUCUUGCCACGUUCUAUUCGUGUUGUUAUUUGUUCAUCUGGAAAGAAGAAUAUACUGUACUAUUUCACCAUUUUUCUUGACUUGAUUACAGAGGUUUUUUUUUUAAUUACUGAUUACGCAUGCUUAUAUGUUUUCUUUGCCAUUCAUAUCCAUGUUGGAUUGCCUAUUUUUUUCCUAGAUUCUUACCCCCCUCCUAGAGAAGCUGAUCCUGAGAUCAAAUUCUUUGCAGGACAAACAUUUAUUUCUUGUUUGCUGUUCUUUUUCCUGCUUUAGUUAAAGGUUUCCUAUUUCUUGAUCAUCGUUCGUUUUUACGUAGAUGAAUCAAAUCUAAUGUUGUGUCAGAGAAUUCCAUCACUUGCCUCUGGUUUCUCAGAUUUCCUCAUCUCUGAAUUUUGUUUUCAGGAAGGAAGCUCCCAAGCUCGUUACCUCGUCUCCCGCAUGAUUCCAGCGCACAGGGAUCCUCCUUAUGAACAGGUAUCGUUGUCUAUGCAGCUCCUCUCUCUCUCCCUCUCUCUCUCUCUCUCUCUCUCUCUCUCUCUCUCUCUCUCUCUCUCUGUUUUCUCUUUCCUCCCCUCCUCUUUCCCUCUGAGAGUUGAGCAUUUUGCGUUGGUUUGGCCGAGCUUGAUCUUCAACAUCAGGGUUUUCAGGAGUCCCCCCCCCCCCCUCCCCUCUCUUUCUCUCUCUUUCUCUCUUCAGGGCUGAUCUUUGAUGUCUGGGUCUUCUUCAGGAGGCAAGAUUUCCACAACUGAGGUCGUUGACCCCGGAUCAGAGGACGAGGCUGAAGAGCAGCUUCCUCCACUUCGACGACCCCAGCUUCUGUGAGUGGAUGCGGAGCCUGAAGCUCGUCCCCCCUGAGCCCAGGUGA